CGCCCCGUUCUGUGCCAUGUACUUUUCCGGAACUCGUGAGAUUGGAGAAGGAAAAUUUAUUGUAAGAUGGCCAAUUGUGAAGUGGAGAAUGGUUUCCCAGAGCUGAAAAAUGAUCUGAUUUUACGAGCUGCGCGUGGCGAAGUGACAGAGCGAGCACCCAUUUGGGUCAUGCGGCAAGCGGGUCGCUAUCUGCCAGAAUUCCUGAAAUUAAAAGCAGAAAACGAUGCUGAUUUUUUCAAGAUGGUACAGACUCCAGAGCUGGCUUGUGAACUAACUCUCCAGCCUAUACGAAGAUUUCCUCUGGAUGCAGCCAUUAUCUUUUCAGAUAUUCUUGUUAUCCCUCAGGCUCUUGGGAUGACAGUUCAAAUGAUACCCGGCAAGGGUCCAGUAUUUCCCGAGCCCCUGAGGGAACCAAGUGACAUUGAGAAACUUAUACAAGAAGUUGAUUUAAAGAAGACUCUUGGAUAUGUUUUCCAAGCAAUAACUCUAACAAGGAACAAACUUGAAGGAAAAGUUCCUCUCAUUGGUUUUACAGGAGCUCCGUGGACUCUAAUGUGUUACAUGAUUGAAGGAGAGAGUAGCAAAACUUUUAAUAAAGCUCGUAAAUUCUUAAACCAACAUUUGGAAGUUUCUAGCAAGCUGUUACAACAGAUGACUGAUUUGAUUGUAGAUUACUUGGUUCUACAAGUUCGUGCUGGAGCACAGAUGUUACAAGUGUUUGAGUCUCAUGCAGAGGUUAUUGGCUAUGAUACAUUCAUGCUGUGUUCACUGCCGUACCUCAAGCAAAUAGCUGAAAAAGUCAAAGAAAAGUUAGGACCUGAUGCGGUUCCAAUGACUAUUUUUGCCAAGGGUGCACACUAUGCCAUCAAAGACCUCUCUCAAAUUGGAUAUGAUGUUAUCAGUCUGGACUGGACAAUGUCAGCAAAAGAUGCAAGGAUUGUUGCACCAACAGUGACACUUCAAGGGAAUCUUGAUCCAGCCUGUCUGUACAGCAGUCAUGAGGACAUAGUACAUGCAGUGAAAGACAUGUUGAGGAAGUUUGGUACCCAACGAUACAUUGCUAAUCUGGGACAUGGGAUGCAUCCAGAUCAUGAACCAGAAAAACUUGCUACAUUCAUAGAUACUGUUCAUAAUUACUCAGAGACACUCAAUGAAAGAAAAAUGCCUUGUUCUUAAUGUAUGAACAUUUGUUAUUAAUACAUGGUUAGUAAAUAAAAUCUUCAGCUAGCUACUACAUUAGCA